UCAAGAUUGGUGCUACCAGCCCACCGAGAACAACCAGAUAAACCCCAUCAUCCCCCUAUCCUCGAGCCCAAACUGCGAUAGCGAAAACGCGAGCCCUGCGGGAAGAACAAUGGCGACAAUGUCUCUCGCUGCGGCGUCGCCCCUCACCUCCACUCCCCGCGCCGUCGGUGCACCCGCACCUAGAACGGCCUUCCUCGGCCCCCGCUCAGGUGCCGCCCAGGCGACGCGGUUCCCUGGACUGACUGUGUCGUCGCAACCGGUGGAGCGCCGCGGCGCGGCGGCGGUGGCGAUGGCGAAGAGGGAGCAGGAGCUGGAGGAGAUCCGUGCUGUGACGACGGAGCAGCUGGAGGAGGAGGUGGUGGAUCUCAAGGGAGAGCUCUUCCUGCUCCGCCUCAAGCGCUCCGCGCGCCAGGAGUUCAAAAACAGCGAGUUCGGCCGCAUGCGCAAGAGGAUAGCUCGUAUGUUAACUGUGAAAAGAGAGCGGGAAAUUGAACAAGGAAUCAACAAGAGAUUGUCUAGGAAGCUUGAUAGGAAAUGGAAGCAGAGCAUUGUGGUUAGACCACCACCAUCUCUAAGGGAGAACAAAGAGGAGUAGAAAGGAGCAAAAGAGGGAAAUCUGCAAAAGUCAUUUCAUGUGAGUGUAGCGGGAAGGUUCCUUUGUAAUUUCAACCCUUAUCUCAUUUUUAUGUACUCAGUAUUAACAUUCUGCUAAGUAUUUCUACCGAAACCUGAAUUUCAGUUGUUAAUCUCUUCUGUAAAUUUUGAUUAUUUGAAUUUAUGCUUCUACCUGUCACCUG